UGGCCGGCGGAGGACAACAGGCUCGCGGAGCGGAACGGAGCGGAGGCCAGGUUUCUCAGUGAGUGGGACGCAGCGGGUGUGCCGAAGCGUUGGAGGGCGACGGGGCUGCAGGGACGUGGCGGUGGCCUCUGCGAUGUCGGUGCUGCUUGUGGCGGCGCAGACGAACCGGUGGCAGAGAGUCCCGAGUUUGCUGCUGCCGCUGAGGGGAUGGGCUUGGAAGCAAAGAACCAUGAUGUAUGCAACAACCACAGGACAAAACAUUACCAAGGUCCUCAUUGCAAACAGAGGAGAAAUUGCCUGCAGGGUGAUACGAACAGCCAAAAAAAUGGGAAUACAGUCUGUGGCUGUUUAUAGUGAGGCCGACAGGAAUUCCAUGCAUGUUGACAUGGCAGAUGAAGCAUAUUCCAUUGGCCCCGCUCCCUCACAGGAGAGCUACCUUUCUAUGGAGAAGAUCAUUCAAGUGGCCAAGAUCUCUGCUGCGCAGGCUAUCCACCCAGGAUAUGGUUUUCUCUCAGAAAACAUGGAAUUUGCCGAACUGUGUAAGCAAGAAGGAAUUAUUUUUAUAGGUCCUCCUUCAUCAGCAAUUAGAGACAUGGGUAUAAAGAGCACAUCCAAAUCCAUCAUGGCUGCUGCUGGAGUGCCUGUUGUGGAAGGUUAUCAUGGCAAGGACCAAUCAGACCAAUGCCUGAAAGAGCACGCUGGGAGAAUCGGUUACCCCAUCAUGAUUAAAGCCGUCUGUGGUGGAGGAGGAAAAGGUAUGAGAAUCAUUAGAUCUGAAAAGGAAUUUCAAGAGCAGUUAGAAUCAGCGCGUAGAGAAGCUAAGAAGUGUUUCAAUGAUGAUGGUAUUCUGAUUGAGAAGUUUGUGAACACACCAAGGCAUGUAGAAGUCCAGGUGUUUGGUGACCACCAUGGCAAUGCUGUGUACUUGUUUGAAAGAGACUGUAGUGUACAGAGGAGACAUCAGAAGAUCAUUGAAGAGGCCCCAGGGCCUGGUAUUAAACCUGAAGUAAGAAAAAAGCUCGGAGAAGCUGCAGUCAAAGCUGUUAAAGCUGUAAAUUAUGUUGGUGCAGGAACUGUGGAGUUUAUUAUGGACUCAAAGCACAAUUUCUAUUUCAUGGAGAUGAAUACAAGGCUGCAAGUGGAACAUCCCGUUACUGAGAUGAUCACAGGAAUUGACUUGGUGGAAUGGCAGCUUAGGAUUGCGGCAGGAGAGAAGAUUCCUUUGAGCCAGGGAGAAAUAACUCUUCAGGGCCAUGCCUUUGAAGCUAGAAUAUAUGCUGAAGAUCCUAACAAUAACUUCAUGCCAGGGGCUGGACCACUAGUGCAUCUCUCCACCCCUCGAGCAGACCUUUCCACUAGGAUUGAAACUGGAGUACGGCAAGGAGAUGAAGUUUCAGUGCAUUAUGACCCCAUGAUUGCAAAGCUGGUUGUGUGGGCUGCAGAUCGUCAGGCAGCCUUGAGGAAACUGAGGUACAACCUUCGACAGUACAAUAUUGUUGGGCUGCACACCAACAUCGACCUCCUCAUCAGCUUGUCUGGCCACCCGGAGUUUGAAGCUGGGAACGUGCACACUGAUUUCAUCCUUCAACACUGCAAAGAACUGUUGCCUGAUCGGAAGGCCACAGCCAAAGAGUUUUUGUGCCGGGCAGCUCUGGGGCUCAUCCUCAAGGAGAAAGCUCUGUCUGAUGUUCUCAAGAUUCAGACACAAGAUCAAUACUCUCCUUUUGCAUCCAGCAGUGGCAGAAGACUGAAUAUCUGUUACACCAGAAACAUGACUCUUAGGGAUGGUAAAAAAAAUGUAGCCAUAGCUGUAACAUAUAACCGUGAUGGGUCAUAUAGCAUGCAGAUUGAAGAUAAAACUUUCCAUGUCCUUGGUGAUCUUUGCAGUGAGGAAGACUGCACUUACCUGAAAUCUUCUGUUAAUGGAGUUGCUAGUAAAACUAAGCUAAUUAUCCUGGAAAAUACUAUUCACCUGUUUUCCAUGGAUGGAGGUAUUCAGAUUGGCAUUCCAGUCCCCAGAUUCUUAUCUUCAUUGAGCUCAGAAGGAACCCAAGAAGGUGCUGUAGCUCCUAUGACUGGAACCAUUGAAAAGGUAUUUGUGAAAGCUGGAGACACAGUAAAAGCUGGAGAUUCUCUGAUGGUUAUGAUAGCCAUGAAGAUGGAGCAUACCAUAAAGGCUCCAAAGGAUGGCACGGUCAAGAAAGUGUUCUACAAAGAAGGUUCUCAGGCCAACAGACACUCUCCUUUAGUCGAGUUUGAGGAGGAAGAAUCUGACAAAAGGGAAGCAGAAUAAACUUCAUCAAUAAACGGCCAAUUAAGCAGUAUCUUAAAUAGUAUCUCUACACCAAAAAGAGGAAGUGCCUUCCUGCUUUUCUCGGGAUCUGAUGACCACCACUUUUACUAAAUGAUUGUAUGAUUGUGCUUAACACCCUUUUAUAUUUAAGAAUCAUGCACUUGGGCCACAAAUACAAUAAAUUAUCUCAAACUAUUCCAUACUAAUAAAAUUAAAUUAUACUUUUUUUUAU